ACCACAACACAUCGGAGAAAGUCGCAUAAGGCCAACGAGGUUGAACAAACCGAACGAACAAAAUUAAAACACACAUCGUCUUCGUUUGGGGGCGAAUUAUUUUCAACGGAAAAAAGUCCACAGUUCCAUGGUUAGUGUGGUGCGGAAAAUACAAAGAAUUUCGGUCAAGAAUAAUUUCCUAAACUAGCUCUAGCUAAUGUUUCGUGAGAAAUACAUAAAAUCCUAACCUUCGCCGAGUGGUGAAAAAAUAUCUUUAUGUACAUAACCGUUCUUGGUGAUCUUUACAACAAUUUUUAUCGGUUCGCUGGUUAAAAAAUCCAUUUGAAUUUGUUAAAAGAAAAUUUCCAAUUUGCUUAUUAUUAAUUUAAUUUUUGGUGAAAUUAGAUAUAUUCGUGUGAAAAGGUCAAGAAGUGGGUGGUGAUUGAGCUUGAGUGAGUGGUGCUGUGCGUAUAGUGAGUGUAGGACGUAGGUGUAUAGUGAUGAUUGGUUAAGUGUCAUCUUCGCGUUUCUUUUAUCAUUGUUUAGUAUUAUUAUAAAAUCUUUUCAUCUGUCAUAUCUGACGUCUGCUUGUGUCAUUCGUCCCCGUUCGGCCGUUCGGUGAUAUAAAGUGUUUAAAUAAAAAAAGAAAAGAAAAAUUGCGUUUUGAAUUUAUAUCCUUAAUUGAAUUACAGUUACAGUGCCAUACAAAAAAUUGGAAAAAUAAAAAGAAAGAAAGAAAAAGUGAGGAAACAAAAGUAUAGAUUCUCAAAAGAAAAUAAAAGGAACAAAAAUAAAUGAAGACAAUGGAGAUAAUUGGAUUACUGCUGAAUUUGGCUGCGUUAACAGCUUAUACAGUUGCAAGCGACGAUGUCCUGACACUUAGCCCAUCCACCGAUAAAGUAGUCCGCUUCACCAAUGAGUCCCACAUAGUCCUAUGUAAUGCCCCCGCCGAUCUGAAAAUCCAUUGGAAAUCGCCGAAAGGCGAUAUUAUGAAAGACGUCAAAGGCCGAAUCCAUAUUGAAGAAAAGACUCCAGGACAAUUGGCUCUCAUCUUUGUGCACAUCGCUCUGAGCGAUAAGGGCAAUUGGAUGUGUGAAGAUGCCGAUGGAACAGCGAAUGCCAACAAGUCCUUCAACCUUAUCGUUUAUCAGAAAAUUUCAUUCACCGAGAAUGCCACCAUCCUAACGGUUAAGGAAGGAAAAAAUGCGACAAUUCUUUGCGAGGUUAAGGGUGAUCCUGAACCAACCGUAUCCUGGCAACUUAAUGGACAACCAAUUGAAUUCUCAGCAACCUCGAAGUUCCGCAAGCUAGCUGAUGGAUUACUUAUCCACAAGGUGACACAAAAUGACACCGGCGAGUAUACGUGCAAAGCGUAUCAAUUUACAAAGGAUAUCUCGGAUGUACAGGAACGAACUGUCCUGAUGAAAAUCGAACAUAAGCCGUUUUGGACACACAAGCACUAUGCUAACUUGCUGUACGGUUACUUAGGUGGCAGGACAAGCAUCUCCUGCGAGGCCAUUGCUGAACCGCCAGCAAAUUUUACUUGGUACCGCAACAAGAAACGCCUGCACUCCGAUAAGUACAUCAUCCACAACGAGCCAUACCUCUCAACCCUGGUGAUAGAUAUCAAAGAUGAGACUCUCUACGACACAUACAAGUGUAGAGCGACCAAUAGCCAGGGAUACAUAGAGCGGUCUACCCAACUGGAGAAGGGAACUAAGCCCCCACCACCGAGUCAUCUACAAUUGCGAGGCUUCAACUCGAACACAUUCGAUGUAGACGUUGGUUCGGUACGAACAACGCCAGUGCGAAAUUUAAUGGACGUAAACGGCUUCCGGAUUGAAUUCAUGACCGACUAUGAGUUCAAGUCAGCCGCUGGCAACUGGAGCUAUGCCAAGCGAAAGGAUUUUCCGUUUGAAGAUGGAGCAACAUUCCUCAUUGGCAAUUUAGAGCACAACACAACCUACCUUAUGCGAGCUGCGUCCAAAAAUCUCGCCGGUCUAAGCGAUUGGACCAAAGUUGAGAAAUUCACAACAUUAUCCAAUGAACCACCUAGCGGUGGGCCACGCUCUAUCAGCUUGCUAACCGCUCUCGAAACCCUAUGCAUCUCAUUUGCUGUGAUUGUUGUAAGUAAUGUGCGGCCAGCUGCCACAUCAAGGGGCCGCAUCAUACCAAACUCACAUGGAUUGUGAGGUAUUGAUGAAAUUAUUUCAAAAGUUCAAUCAACAUUCCUGUGGUGAAUUCUCAUGCGAUGCGAUUAUAUAAUUAUAAUAUAUAUUUGCUUUGUUUAUUAAUUAUAUUAUAA